AUGCAGGAAAGUCGAUUUGUAAACCGCACUCUCUCAGAGCUUCAAGAAGCCAAUCGCAAUCCAAUAUAUGGUUAUGAAGAUUCACCCAUUCUGACAUUAGAGGAAGCUGUGGAAAAACUAAUUCCACUCGUUCCCGAUGUUUUAGCUUAUGUCAUGACAGCUAAAAAGAAAUAUCAUCGACAUUCAGAUUUAUUAAUGCGAGAUGAAUCGGCGGCAAUAUAUCUUUAUUCGAUGCCAUCAACUUUUUUUUCUUCUCUCAACAACACACUUCGAGCUGAAGAUCGACAUGCACUUAAGCCAUGGUUUGCCUACUUGAGAUUGUUUAUGACAGCUCUCAAGAAACUACCAUCAAUUAAGACCGUUGUUUGGAGAGGCGUUUACGGUGAUGUUAGUUCAGUAUUUGCUAACAGUAAUAUCGGCAUUUGGUGGAGUGUAAAUUCAACUUCGCUGGAUCUGAAAAUUGUUCAACCAUUUCUAGGCGAACAUGGCACUUUGUUCGCUAUUGAAGCUAUAUGUGGCAAAGAUAUCUCCCAAUUUUCAGCAACUCCAGAAGAAAAAGAAGUUAUUCUAAUGCCUGGAACUCAUGUACGAGCCAAAACCGAAGUACUCAAUUUCAAUGAUCGUCUCUUCAUUGUUCACUUGGACGAAGUAACUCUUCAAAGUGAAUCACAAUUUGAGCCAAAUCAUCUAUUUCAAUCGAUAAAACAAGAAUAUUAUCGAAAUGGUUAUAUUGAACGUCUGAUGAAUCCAGCAAAAUCCUAUCCAAUUGAAGACAGUUACAUUAAUUUAGCCAUCGUCGAAACUAAACAACAACAACAAAAAGAAAAACAACUUCGUGAUGCUCCCAAUAAUGAUGCUAUUAUGGGAAGCUUUGAAGAAAUUUAUGGAACAAAAACUACAAUAGAUGUCAAAAACAUUUUUGAAGCAUGUAAAAAUCAAGAGAAGAAAGUGCUGGUGUUCGGACGUGCUGGAAUAGGAAAAUCCACAUUCUGCCGAUAUAUUGCUUAUCAGUGGGCGAUGGGUUUAUGUUGGACACAAUAUGAAUUAUUGGCUUUAAUUCCAUUACGUCGCUUAACAACUAAUCGAUAUCCUCCUUUACCAAUUGGUCAGAAUUAUUCUUUAAUUGAUCUUGUAAAAAAAGAGAUUUUUUCUUAUGAUCUAUCUGAAAGUGAAGACAAACUUCUGAAAAAACACUUUGAUGCAAAAAAGACUCUAUGGAUUCUGGAUGGAUAUGAUGAAAUUAUACAAAAUGUACCUUCACAUUUAGAAUGUUUAUUCGAACAAUUACUUAAAACUCCACAUCAUAUUUUGACAUCUCGUCCAUAUCAAAAUUCAUUAGCUUACCAUGUGCAAAUGGAAAUCACAGGUUUUACAGACAAAAAUAUCGAGCAGUAUGUGCAGAAAUUCUUUGAUCAAAUGAAAGAUGAACUCGACAAUUCUUUGAUCAAAAGUCAAAAAUUAUUCAGAUUCUUACAGUCAAAUCAAUCUAUCUGGGGUGUUGCACAUAUUCCAGUGAAUUUAGAACUGAUAUGUAGUCUUUGGAGUAAUGAAGAUUUUAUAGAAACAAAAGGAUUAACAAUAACAUCAUUAUAUACAGUUAUGAUUGAAUGGUUAUGUCGACGAUAUUUAUCAAUACCAAAUAAAAAAAUUCAAAAUUUAUCUAAAGACGACGUCAGUCAACGCUGUGAAAAAGAAUUAGCAUUCUUAGAAAAUCUUGCCUUUAAUGGAAUGAAGUGUAACUCUAUAAUUCUACGACCAACUCUACUGAAAGAAGCACUAAAUGAAGAAAAAAUCUCUUUACAUGACCAUCCACAUAUACUCAAUAUGGGAGUUCUCAAAAGUUUUAAUAAACAAGGUAUCGAUACUCAGAUUGAAACAGAUAAAGAUCAUUAUUUUGUGCACCUCAGUUUUCAAGAAUAUUUUACAGCACGGUAUUUGAUUAAAGCUAUUAAAGACUACUUAACUCAUCAAGAAGAAAUCAAAUUUAUUCAGCGAGAAAAAUACAAUCAACGUUAUGCAUUAGUGUUUGCUUUUCUGUCCGGUCUUUCCAGUGAGGCUGAUACAAACAUAUGUUUAAACAACUUUUGGGAACUUAUAUUAACACCACCGAUGGAUCUUCUUGGAAUAAGACACAUGCAACUUGUUAUUUCUUGCAUUGAAGAGAUAACAAGCCAAUCAACUAUUCUGCAACACACUGCAUUGAUAGAAUGGAUAGCAAAAUACAUUGAAUAUAAUUUGUCUACGGAGAACAAAAUUAUUCCUGAGUGUCUUGUCCAAUCAUUAAGAAGAGCACCAUCAGUAAUAAGCAAUCAAAGAAUUAUAAAUGCAUUUAUCCAUCCACUUCAAAAUCAUGAUUCAAAAAUCAGAAUCGCGGUGCUCUCAUUCAUUUCUAAAAUUAACAGUUCAGAUCUUGCGUUGGCACUGAUUAAUUUAGUGAGUAUCGCACUAGAUGAUAAAGAUGCGACGGUGAGAGUCUCUGCAUGCGAGGCUCUUGAGAAUAUGGGUGAGAAAGCAGCCACGAAUGAAGUGAUCACUAAAUUGAUCAGUGCAUUAGAAUAUAAGAGUGAUGACGUCAUAGUCAGUGCAUACCGAGCUCUCGGUAAUAUAGGCAAAAAAGCAGCAACGAAUGAAGUGAUCACUAAACUGAUUAGUGCAUUAGAAGAUAAGACUGUCCUUGUCAGAUGGUGUGCAUGCAAUGCUCUCGGGCAUAUAGGUAAAAAAGCAGCGACGAAUGAAGUGAUCAAUAAACUGUUUAGUACAUUCGAAGAUGAGAAUGACUUUGUCAGAGAGGGUGCAUCUAGAGCCCUUGGGAUUAUAGGUAAAAAAGCAGCGACGAAUGAAGUGAUCACAAAACUGGUUAAUGCAUUAGAAGAUGAGAGUGACAAGAUUAGAGACAGUGCAUGUCGAGCUCUUGGGUGUAUAGGUGAAAAAGCAGCGACGAAUGAAGUGAUCACUAAACUAUUUAGUGCAUUAGAAGAUCAGAAUGAGAAGAUCAGAUUAAGCGCAUGCCAAGCUUUUGGGGCUAUAGGUGAAAAAGCAGCGACGAAUGAAGUGAUCACUGGACUUAUUAAUGCAUUAGAAGAUGAGGCGGACCUUGUCAGAUGUUUUGCAUGCUAUGCUCUCGAGUAUAUGGGUGAAAAAGCAGCGACGAAUGAAGUGAUCACUAAACUGAUUAGUGCAUUAGAAGAUAAGAGUGACCAGGUCAUAUGGUGUGCAUGCAACGCUCUCAGAAAUAUAGGUGGAAGAGUUGCGACGAAUAAAGUGAUCACUAAACUGAGUAAAGCAUUAGAAGAUGAGAGUGAAUAUGUCAGACGUGGGACCUGUGAAGCUCUGAAGAAUAUGGGUAAAAAAGCAGCGACAAAUGAAGUAAUCAUUAAACUGUUUAGUGCAUUGGAUGAUGAGGGGGGCCAGGUUAGAGAGAGCGCCUGCCAAGCUCUCGGAAAAAUGGGUGAAAAAGCAGCGACGAAUGAAGUGAUCACUAAGCUUGUGAAUAUACUUGAUGAGCCUGGAAAAUUAUCUUAUACAGCUGCAGAUGCUAUAGAUGGUAUUUUACAUUCUUCAACCGUAAUGAUUGAUUUUGGUCCAAUGUUAAUUUCAAAACUUUGCGGAUGUGGAAGACAAUUGAAGUGCUUAAAAAAUGUUUCACUGGAUGAAUUAAUCAGAAAAUUUUUCCAUUCUCAAGAUGCUGCUUGGUUGUUGCCGAUGAUUGAAAUAGCACUUCAGAAGGGUGCUGCUGUGUUGAUCAAUGAAGGUAAAUUAAUGGUGUAUGAUAAUGGAGAACCAAUAGAAGUAUCUACUCAAAAUUUGGAACUACAUAAUAAACUCAUUGAAGCUUUUACUAAUAAGGCAAAAGCGCUGCACUUGCCUCUUGGAAUACCAUCAAAUCUAGAAAAUUAA